CAACCAGUCUGAUUACCUGGAAACGAUCMAAAAAACUUUUGUUACAGCAAUCGGGUGGUUUGGUAUGGUUGUGAUGACUUACGUAUAGUCACAUAGCACUURGUGUUUCCGCCAGCUAGCAGUUUAAAAUAUGUGUAGUUGUGCGUAGCUUACUCACUUUUCACGUCUUUUCAACUAUCCUCCCCCACCUCUCCUCCCUGACCCCUAAAAAACGUGAUUGUUACUACCCCUACUAAAUUUCUUAAUAAGGUCAUACUCGAUCUCAGCCAUGCGAAGCCAACCCGGAAAGAAUUGUUGUGGAACAAAUUUGGAAUGUAGAAAAAUGCAUUCCUUUAUCAGAAAAUUAUUGAAGGAUGGAUGAAGAGGAACGGAAUUUCUGUUGCCUGGUACUACUGCUUAACAGAGUAGGACUGGUGAAGUUAYGCAAGUUGUUCAUAGAUGAAUGGAAUUCUCUUGGUGGGUUUGUUCCAUGGACUGACUGCUCUCAGAAUGGCACUGACUUAUUGACAAAGUUCUCCCCACAUUCUUAYGAAAGAGACAAAGUCCAGUCCGGGGACACUGCAACAUGGGAUUUAUCCCUCUUUGUGAAAGUGUUAUUGAAUUCCAGGCCUCCAUUUGUCAAGAUUCCCAACAAAGCUKUAGUUGAUGGCCUCGAAUGUCUGAAGGAAACAAGAAACACACUUUGUCACACAGGCAGCGGGAAGAUUGAAUCUGCAGAGUUUCAUCAACUUUACAGCAAUGCAUGUCAUGCACUGUUGUUAGUUGGUGCUUUACCUGUGGAAUUCAAAAAGGUUGAGGAAGAUGUACAGCAACCUUGGAAUAAAGUGUUAUCUCUGGUAAAGCAGUAUUCAGCUUAUGAYAAAGAUAUUUUACAAGGAAUUCACACCAGUAUUGAAGGUCUUCAAACUGGACUUGAAGAAAUAAAGCASGAUCAAAAGCAGAUCCUUAAAGAAAUACAAAUAUGUGGAGCAUCAAAAUCCUCAGACUUGCCUAGUGAAGAUAUGGAAUCCUACUCUCUCAACCUCAAGGAAGCGAUAGGAAAGCAAACAGAUUUCUUACCAAAAGGAAUAGUACAACGUAGAUUGAAAACUGACGAUAUUUUUACCAGUUUAACUGUUUAUCACGGAAAUGAAGGAAGCUCGCACCAAACAGUUGGAGAAGUCGAUCAAAGRGCUUAUAAAACAGUGACCGAAAUAAAGCAGUGUCAUGAGAUUUUUUUGGACGAAAACAAAGAAAACAAUCCGAAAUCAAUUUUGGUUUCUGGCGAACCUGGUAUCGGAAAAACUUUAUUUUCCCAAAAGAUUGUAAGAGACUGGUCAAACAAUACCAUGUCGAUACCUGGAAUCAAGUUUACUUAUCUUCUCACAUUCAAACAACUUGGCAAUAAAGAGCAGCUUACUCUGAAAGAACUGCUUAAUGUCUCUCCAUUUCUGAACGAAAGAACAUUGAUAGAUGAGACAAUAUUGGAGUACAGCAUCCAGGGCAGUUGUUGGUUGUUCUCGAUGGAUUUGAUGAAUUCAAAGACCAAGACCAAAUAGUYGGGGAUUUUGAAAGCCAAUUUC